GAUUUUCCUGUGUUUCUCUUUAAAAUUUUAGUACGGGCGAGAGGCGGAGGAAGAUUUGUAGCGUCGUCGUCUGCAUAGUACUUAAAAGGAUCAAUUUGCAUGGGUUUUCUUCUUGCAAGUAUUUUGGCAUCUUGAUUUGUUAAGCUCUUAAAGGAUCAAUUUCUGUGGGUUUUCUUCUUCCAACUAUUUUGCCAUCUUCAUUUGUUAAGUUGCAGUGAAACGAAGACAUGGAUGCUCCAACAUUAUUAGCACAAUUACAGCUGGGACAACGAGGUUGCAAGGUUAUAUGUCGUGUCACAAAAAUAUGGGAUUCCACAAAUCCAACAAUGCAAGAUGAGCUGAUGUCAGUUGACUUUAUCAUGGUUGAUCACGAGAAAACAGCCAUUCAACGAUCUAUUAGAAAGGAAGAUGCACCACGUAUCAAAGAACUGAUUCGAGAAGGAGAAAUAUAUACAUUUUCAAAUUUGAUUGUCACAGAUGCCAGGAAAAAAUUUUGUGUCUGUCCACACAAGUUGAUGAUUCGUAUUGGAUCAUGGAGUAUCAUAAAACAAAUGGUCAAUCCUGCAUUACAGAUUCCAAUCCACAGCUUCUCCCUGGUGGACGAUAGCAAUUUGGACGCAAGGUUAUACAAUGACAUUGAACUAACAGACAUACUUGGCCAUUUAAAUUCUAUGACAGAAUUGACAUAUGCCUUCAUAAACGGGAGGGAAGUCGCCAAAAAAAAUCUCAUCAUCCAAACCACAAGUCUAAGACACAUUUCAGUCACGCUUUGGGGAACAAAUGCACAGACAUUUGAUGAGAAGGAAGUACUCCAACUUGCGCAGAAACAUCCUGUAAUUGGAGUCCUCACAGCUAUGACCGUAAGAGCCUUUCAAGGACAAACUACAUUGUCAAGUACAUCAGCAACCCGGAUAUAUCUAGAUCUACAAAUUGAAGAAGUUAUUGCUUUUCGUAAUAGCCUUGGUCAUCAACUGCAAACGACAAGCUUGGCAAAACCUUAUGAAGACAAACACAAUGAUGCAGAUGCCACAAUGAAUUCGAAAAAAAUUAUUUCCCAACUUCUCAAUCUCCAUCGAACUACUGAUCUGGGGAAAAAGUUCAUCUGCGAAGCAACCAUAAAACAAAUUGACACAAGCAAAGGAUGGUGGUACAAUGCAUGUCCAAAGUGUCGGGUUGGAGUUACAAAUUACCAUGGUGUUCUCUCUUGCAGAAAAUGUGGUCCAAUUCAAAAUUUGCCAAUACCUUGGUAUAAACUUCAAGUGAUAGUAACUGAUGCUUCUGGUGAUGCCAAGUUCUUCCUUUUCGGGAAGCAUGUGGAGAAAUUAAUCAAACUACCAGCCAGUGAAUUCACAAAUCUUCCAUCUUCAGAGCGAAAUACUCUGCCAUCCAUCUUUCAUCAAAUAUGUGGCAAAGCAUACACAUUCACUGUAUCUAUUAACGAACGAGAGAUUGCUAUGCCAGAUCUCACAUUCAACGUCGCAGAAGUCAUUAUAGACAGACCAACAGGUCAGCCAGAGACUGAACAUUCUGUCCACAACAACAACACCCAGCAGAAAAGAACAAGAGAAUCAAACAUACAGGACGAACUACCAAUGAAGAAAAAAUUCAUUCCACAAGCUGAAGAUGCUCCUCCAACUUCCAGCAAAAAACCACUUCUUAUAGAAGGAGAUUAACAGCCACAAAAACUCAGAGUAACAACUCUUUUGCUCAGCAAAGCAACUUGUGCCGCAUAGACAACCGAAAUUUCCAAGGCUUAUUUAUUUUGGUAAUACAUAAAAUGAAGCUAUUAGCUGUCUGUGGCUAUAUACACAUAAUUUAUUAUGAGUACUACUACCUCAGUACGGGCUCAACCUUUUGUUCAAUGGAUUCAACUGUUGUACAUAUCCUAAG